GGAGGAGGAGGAGGAGGAGGAGGAGGGAGCCGCGGAAGGCAGAUGCGUUGCUGUUCCUGUAGAGACUUCCUUGCUUCACCUCAGACCUAUGUGACUCUGGUGGAAGGAUCAUGACUGAAGUCCUCUUCUCUGCUGCUUUGAAUGGAACUGAGCCCAACCUGUUCUCCAGCAGCGGCUGGUCUGCGGGAAACGCCACCACCAAGUGUUCCCUGACCAAAACUGGCUUCCAGUUCUAUUACCUGCCCACCGUCUACAUUCUCGUCUUCAUCACUGGGUUUUUGGGCAACAGCGUGGCCAUCUGGAUGUUCGUCUUCCACAUGAGGCCUUGGAGCGGCAUCUCGGUUUACAUGUUCAACUUGGCGCUGGCCGAUUUCUUGUACGUCUUGACUCUGCCUGCCCUCAUCUUCUACUACUUCAAUAAAACGGACUGGAUCUUCGGAGACAUCAUGUGCAAGCUGCAGCGGUUCAUCUUCCACGUGAACCUGUACGGCAGUAUUUUGUUUCUAACUUGCAUAAGCGUGCACAGGUACACGGGGGUGGUGCACCCCCUGAAGUCGCUGGGGAGGCUGAAGAAGAAGAACGCGGUGUACAUCAGCACCCUGGUCUGGGUUGUUGUGGUGGCCGUGAUUUCCCCGAUACUCUUCUACUCGGGAACGGGGAUAAGGAAGAAUAAAACCACGACGUGCUACGACACAACAGCCGAUGACUACCUGCGAAGUUACUUCAUUUACAGCAUGUGCACCACGGUGCUUAUGUUCUGCAUCCCAUUCAUCCUGAUUCUUGGUUGCUAUGGGCUCAUUGUGAAAGCUCUGAUUUACAAAGAUUUGGACAAUUCUCCUCUCAGGAGAAAGUCGAUUUACCUGGUUAUCAUUGUGUUGACGGUCUUUGCUGUGUCUUACCUCCCCUUCCACGUGAUGAAGACCUUAAAUCUAAGAGCCAGGGUGGAUUUUCAGACCCCACAAAUGUGUGCCUUCAACGAUAAGGUUUAUGCCACUUACCAAGUGACGAGGGGGCUGGCCAGCCUCAACAGCUGCGUCGACCCCAUUCUUUACUUUCUGGCAGGCGAUACCUUUCGAAGGCGCCUUUCCAGGGCGACCAGGAAAUCGUCCAGAAGAAGUGAACACAACGUGCAGUCCAAAAGCGAGGAGAUGACUCUCAAUAUUUUAUCAGAGUAUAAACAGAACGGAGAUACCAGUUUGUGAACAAAUGCAAAAGAUUUGGGAACAGUUUGGAAAAAAUCCUCCGCUCGGAGACAGUAGGACACUGUAGUGCUACAAGUGUGUGAGGAAAAUCUACCAGUCUCUCAGAUUCAUUUUAGGUAAAGCCUCGUUUUCUGAUCUUAGAAAAAGCUUGACAAAGUCAGUGGAAGAAUUUGAAUGGAAAAUAACGUGUCAAAAUUCAGCUUUCCUUCUGCUUGCAAUAUUCUCAUUUCUUUCUGACUUGUGUCAGAUAAAGUAAAAUGAAGUAAAUCCCCUAAAGGAAGCAAGCAAUCCAAGUACUUCUGGUUUAAUGACUUAGUCUCCCACGUUCAAAAAGGCUCUCAAACAGCCUCUCUUUAAAAGUAGGAAAUAAAGAUAAGAAAGAGCAGUGUCUUCUCUUCCGAGGCUCAGUCCACACACCUGGCCUUUCGCUCACUUGCCGUUGUAAACAAGUAUUUAAAUCAAAGUCACGAUGCAGUUAUCUCACCUUUUACAGUUUUAUUAUUUCUUCAUCUACUAGUGUUGAUAAUUAUUUGAUAGUUCGGUAGCAUUUAUGAUUCAGUCUUCUUUGAGUGCCGGUGUUUUACAAGAGGUAGGCUUACUGAUGUGUGCAUGAUUACGCUUUCAGAUUACGAUGGUUGUUCAUGAAAAAUCUGGACACACCCCACCCCCCCCCAUUAAAAGGCAAAUUGGCUUCCAGGUGACCCGAGCCCUCCGCGGCUGGCAGACAGAUAAGCGGGUCUCUGCCUGCUUCGCACCUGCACGUGUUUCGCCAGCGCCGGUGGCGGGAGCCUCGCUGGAGUUCUUUACGGGUAAAAACGUGCAGAAACGCCUCUGCUGGAAAUAACCGUACCUUUCGGACGAGUGGAACGGCGGUCGCUCGAGUUACCCGCGUUUUCAUUUGGUAUGAGAAUGUUUCUGUUCCUGGUGGUCUUUAGGGAUAACGUAAGAGUUGUCUCCCCAGAAAAUAAUUAUUAAAAUGGGUAAUAUAAAUGGAUUAUAUAUUAUAUAUAUAUAUAUAUAAAAAAAAAAUAACUGGGGGGAAUUAAUUUUUUUGUACUGUGACAAAUAAAUUACUGUAUUAACAAGAUAUUGCAACAUACUACAGGCUAAAUCCGGCCCUUUAUUACAUAUCUCCUCCAAACGUGGAACAGGUCGUCCAAAAUUAGCCAAACUGCAAUAUUGUGUAACUCAAGAGCUAGUGAUCAGAGCACAGAUGAAAUCGUACAUGGGCAGUCAUUCAUUUCUCGUAUUUUUAAGAAAUGUAUUUGAAAAUAUUGUGUGCUAAAAAUGAUAGGAAAGCAUGCUCUAAAUAAUAAAUCUAGUGUACAAAAUGAAGUUCUAUGUAAACCUAAGGGUGAUUUUUAACAGAUCUUAGUUCCUCCAGUCUUAAUAGUAAAAUAUUUAUAUUUUACUUACUAAUUUCCAGUGAUUGGUAACAGAAAAGAAUAGCUCUAGUUAUUUUUUUUGACAACAUUGUAAAGCAGCUUCUGUUCACACGUACAGCUUCUUAAUCUGCAAAAUCCCUAUUUAUUGAACUUAUUUAUUGGAAAGUUAAAUGUAAAGUAUGUAAAGUGUGGUACUCUGUGGUCAUAUUCAGAAUUGGGCAUUAAUGGAAAAUUUGACAGCAUGUUUCAAUCACGGUAAUACUGUGUCUUCUAACAGAACAUCUUUAUAAUAAACUCAAUUCCACCCUGACUAUUCACUGUUGAUAUGUAACCUAGUGAUAAAUUAAACUACUGAUUUAUAGCCUAGAGAUAAGUUAAACUACUGCUUAGGAAGCAUAGCUCCUUAAAGCAGUGUUAAGAUCUCAUUGAGCCCUAUAGGAUGAAAAAUGUAGAGGUAGCGAAGAAAUCCCAAGCAAGGGUCAAUUGCUAAUUAAUCCCUCCUGACAAAAGACUGUGGAACAGCACAGCCUAUUUAUAUCCCUGGAGAGUGAGCCUGAUUCACAAUAAAUGACUUCUCCUAUUAUGUGAUUGUUUGAGACUUCAUUCAAUUGAGCCAUGUCCUGGCUGGAAUGGCAGAUGAGUUAAAUUGAGAGAGAGCAUAAAAAUAGGAUAUUCUCUGAAUCUGCUCUGCUAGGUUUAAAAUCGUAUUCGUUUCCCAGCGUUUCGUGGUCUAUUUCUCUCUUUCAGUUAGGAAAUAAAAUGUUCCACUAAUUCAUGUCUGAAAAAAGAUCCUAAACAGAUGCAGCAGAAUGUAAAAACCGCACCCCCAGGUUGGUCCUCAUGUAGUUACUUGCAGCCUUCUCGCAAUAUGUCUCUUUAAUAUGGCAAAGCUGGCAGGCUAGGACAGCGUGCGUGAGCUCGGAGAGCCACAACCCCGGGGCCGGGCGGGAGCGGAGCGCCCGCCGUGGCUCUACCCGUGAAAGCUCGCUCUGCCUCGCCUCGCCUCGCCGAAGAGCACGGCGUCCCCCACUUCAUCACCGAGGUCCGUGCUGGGCACUGAUUUGAUGAAGAUCGCUUUCGCUGACGGUCGGCCGUGGCAGGGAACCGCACUCGGCACCUUCUCCUCACGGGAGCGUACCGGAGCCUCCCACCGAACGGCGAGAAGGAUCAUUAAACACAUUUUCCACACGGUUUGUUUCCCAUCUUUCAGCCCCGGUGACCGGGAGCGCUCGCACCUCAACCCGCGUGCUGCUCCGGCGCGACUCCCCGCCGUACACCCCCCCAGCAUGCCGCAGCCUCCUCUCAGUCCCGCUGGAACGUGACGCCGUGCCUCGCAAUCGCCCGAGAAGUUCCCGCUCUCUUUCCCAGCGCUGCUGGACCGGGUGCGGAGCCGUCGGCGCCCCUGCAAAGCCGCACCAGCUCCACGCCUCUCCCCCCACCGCUGGCUUUGCACCCGCAGCCUGGCGGGAUCGUGGCCGUUGGGCCAUCCCGUCGGCGAGGACGCCGCUUCGACGCGGGGGGACUGGGCAGCACCGGGACAAAAAGCAAGCAGGUCUUCUGUGCUGGCUGGAGCCGUUAGCUCCUGGGCAACUCGGCAAGUCUGUCUGUUGUUAAAUAUUUGCCUUUUGGCCCUUAUCCUUGCCGUAACGUAUUUGUGGAAGCCAAGCAGCCCGCCAACCUUAGGUGAUCCCUGCCUUUAUCCGUAAACCUCUGCCAUGGAUGUAGUCGAAGAAGCCUCUCCGGAACCCACUCGACAGCAGUUUCUUUCUGAUCUAUCCAAUAUGCAAAGAGAAUGCAAUCUCAGCUACAGCCUCUGGGCUGUUAAUUAAUAAUCAAUGAUGACGAUGGGUUGCGUUUACUGGGAACGGGAUUCAGCUCAUCGCCUCCCUACAGGAAGACCACCUAAAAGUUCCACCUUUUCCUGUUUUGCUACAUUAGCCUUCGACUAGCAAAUGAGAGUAAACAUUUUAUGAUUUCAUGGUCAUGCUUUUAACCUUUUCUUCCUCUGGGUGUAUCUGGGAAUCUUUUAAUAACUACAAAUCAUUCGCUGAAGACACCAAAAGGUUUGGAGUAAAUAGCUAUUUAGAGCUUAAGUUUUGCCAAAGCAUUGUACUAUGAUCCACGCUGAAACAAAUUCUUAUUCAUUAGCUAUAUUUUGCUUCCUCUGGCUCACAGGGUUAAUUUUUUUUUCUAAUUUAUGCCCAUUAAUCCUUACAUAUGGUAAUCUCUAACACAAAAUGAAAUCGGUAAGAAACCUACGCAUGAUCUGCUGUCAGUUUGUACGUUUUCAUCACACAGCACCACGGGUUGUUGUUGUUGUUGUUGUUGUUUUAAUCCAGUUCAUACGACACCGAGUUAACAAAGUCACGCUCAGCCCUAGGGACCCAGCAGUGCCUUGCCUGACCCUGCUCUCAGCAGGAGGGUGCCCUGGCGAGCUGCCUCCCCACCCCAAUUCCCCAGCACCCCGGCGAGCUGCCUCCCCACCCCAAUUCCCCGGCCGUGGGGACCUGUGGGACCGUCCCCGUGGCUGGCGGCCAGCGCGCGAGCGCCGCGGAGCAUCCUGCCUCUUCUCACCCGAGGACAGGGCCUGAAGAUUCGUUCCCACAGCGUGGACCCCCCCAGACUAAACCCCCCGGGGGCCGUGCUGUAUGAGCCCAGCGAGGGGCCACGCCGAGUCUUCCCCAGCCUGGCAUCCUCCCCUGGCUGGCUGAGGAAGGACAAGGAGGGGGGACACGGGGAGCCUGCGGAGCACAGGGCGCCCCACGGAAAGGGCUGGUCUUCCCCACUGCCACCCGCCGAUGGUCCGAGCUGGACAGGCAGGUCUGGAGCAGGGGAACACGCUGGCCCCGGGGGUGCCAGGAGGCACAAAAACCUGCUAAUUGCCUUUCUGGGAUUCUUUUUUUUUUUUUUUUUUUUCCCCCCACGUUGCUAGUUUUUGUCUUCAGCUUGGUCCAGAACAAAAACAUUAAUAGAGAGUGAAAUGUCUUAACACAGGUAUUACUUAUUUGUGUGAUAAGUUCAUUAUUUUUUCAAGUCUACGCCUUCCUGUUUGUCACCUGCAGUGGUUAGUCCUCUCCUCUGGUAAGCUUUCUGAAGGGAGCUCUAGGCCUGAAGCUGAAUUUGAAUACGAAAAACGUGUUCCAAGCUCCUGAGCAGCCAUGUUCAACUACUGCCAGUUGCAAACUGGGGAGGGACCAGUGGAGCUGCAGGGGGAAAUGCUGACCCGUGGGUGGAAGUUGGUUUAAGAUGGACACUAAAAGCCCUUAAGUUUGUUUGUUUUUUUUUUUAAAAAAAAAAAAAAACACGGCAACUAUAGCUGCUUGAAUAGGACGGUUUCACCCUGCUUACAUUCGCUGUAUUAUUUCUAACUUCAGGUGCUUUGCACUGAAUCAGAAUCUACUACAGAAUAGUAUUUCUGGAGCCUAACUGUACUGGCACCAUAGUUUCAAAUACUUUGAAGACAGACGACUUGUGAAUUAAAACCACUACUUGUUUUGUGGCUGUGAAUUACAGUGUGUUUCAAGGAUAUAUGUGAAAAUGUUUAUUUUUCUAUCGUACUGUGAUUUUAAUAUUGUUGAGUAAGUUCAAUUUUUGUGUAAAUACUAGUGAAAUUUGACUGCGAUAGCUGCAGAGACAGUGCUACUUGGUAUUUAAGCUCAGGUUAUGUAACUGCUUUAAUUAAAUAGUAGUAAAAAAAAAUCCCCUUAUUUGUCUAUAAUUUUAACAACUAAAAAGACUUUGUUUUUUAAUAAAGCACGAGGUUGUUUGCAUGUACAUUUACUGUUAGGCAUGGCUUUUGAAGUUGUAACUAUUUUUAGUGGCAGCAGAACUGCAGCCACAGAGUUACUGGCACUGUACCUAGCAACCUCACUUUGAAACCGCUCCAAUAAAAUUAUGAAACACUU